AACAUCCGCCGGAGUCUCACUUGGACCGCCUCUCUCCUCCCGUCAAAAUUCGGGUGUUGUCGUUUCGAAUCGCCCUGUCAGAGGAGGAAAAGGAACGGAGACGGGAACUCGCAUAGGCUUGCGUUACAAAAAAAAAAAAAAAAAAUAGGGGGGAAGUCCAAAGUUGUUGCAUUUGAACGCAAACGUCAGCAGAAAGUGGAAGCGGCGCGACUCUACAGCUUUCAAGUGGGCAGUUUGUGACAUUGUGCUUCAGAGCCGAGGGAAAGGUCUCCUCCCAUCGUGUGUUGACGGAUACAGCUCGACCCAGUGCAAGGAGACACGGAAAGACUUGCGCACGCAAAGCACCUCGGACAGUGUUGAUAGGCCAGGAUGUCUUCAAAGGCUCAUAGUUCUAAUAACAUCGCCCAUGCCAGGCGGACUGUACAGCAGCUGAGGAUAGAGGCUAACCUCGAGAGGAUAAAGGUAUCGAAGGCCUGCGCGGACCUUAUGACUUACUGCAAUGAUCACUCCAAAACCGAUCCUCUCCUCAUGGGCAUCCCCGCCUCAGACAAUCCCUUUAAGGACAAAAAACCCUGCACUAUAUUGUAGGGGGAUACCACUCUGCCUUUACGGGAGUCAUUUUUGGCUUAUUAAUGUUGCUGUGUUCUGUAUGUUGGGAGGAGUGAGGGGUGGAUCGUGAUCGUAUUAUUACCACGGGCUCGUCUUUUUUGUGUUAACAAAUUACUGGCGCAACCAUGUUUUUGUUUUGUUUUUUUCCCCCCGACACUCAAGUCUUUAAUCGCCAUGCCGCCCGCUCUUCAGUCCGCUACUAUAACCACAAGCAAGCCUUUGGCUGCAUGACCUAACAGGCACCUGCUGGUGGUCCUCAGCUUAGUGUAGUGAUGUCUCCUAAUGAGAAGCGACUGUUGUCAUCUCUCUGCAGGUUCAUGCAGCCCUUUUCUGAGCAAUUGUCCUUUCGCAAUUUUAACCCGUAACUUUCAAUGUCCAGUUCGAAUGGCUAAAGAUUCAGGGUUAUUCAUUUGAGCUUGUUAUUGUGGCGACCGUGACAAUCCACAUUCCAUGGGUUAGGUGGAAAAGCAGAACUUGUCUAGUUAAGCAUCACCAUACAAGAACAGAGAAGGACAAUACAUUAGUCUUGUUUUGUGCUUGUGCUUGCGGGUUAUGUGGAGAGCAAAAGUUAUUUCUGGUUUUUUUUUAUACCGUUUAAUAUUGCUAAUUUAAAAGAAAUUCUUGUGGAGAAAAAAACAAGGGUGGUCCUGGAACAAAUUGAACUCAAAUCUCAUGGCACCACUGUCAUAUUUAAUUAAUUAUAAUUAAAGAGGAAGUCAACCCCAAAUUUUUUUUGUAAUAACAUGUUUGUUCUGUGCAGCCCAACUAGUAGAAACACCUUGUUUUGAUUAAUGUUUGGUUGGAAUAUGAAUUAAACAGGCAAAAUGUACCUGGUUUUAUCCAUCUCGGGAUAUUUUGCCACUUGGUGUCGACUGAAAAUGACCUCAUCGUUGUCAACCGAUGUCAUUCUCAGUCACUAGCAAGUGGCAAAAUGGCCGCCCCCUGAGAUGGAAAAAAAUGGUUGCCCAAUUUUCCUGCUUAGCUUAUAUUUUGGUGUUGACGUUCUCUUUAAAUUAACUUCAAAAAUUAAUUAUGUAUUAUUAAAAUAAAAUAUUUUACAUGUUUUUCCAUACACAUUUUUACUUUUUUUUUUUUUUUUAAUUUUUUAGACCUAGUAAUCUAUAUGACCCUUGAGCACAAACUCUCCAAAUCAUAGAUUUUGAUAGCCCAAUGUUAGGGUGCCAAAAAUGAAAAAAAAUCUGCUGACCUGUUCUAAUGGUAGAAACAUGCACAUCAAUCCAAAUUCUGGGGGUCCAUUGACAUAAAAAAGAUGGACUAAAUUUAUAGCCUUACUUACGCUUGCCUUGUAUUCUGAAGAACACUUACUGGGAAAACUGUGUACUUGUAGGAUGAAAGUCAUUUUUGAUAAUACUCUAACCGUACCGUGCCAUCUUUGUUUCUGCGCGUGGUGCAAAUAUCCUGUUGCACUUGCCUGGUGCUUCUCUUGUUCGCAGUUAUUGUUGUGUAACUUUUUUGGCUGUAACAGUUAAUUCUUCUCCCAUAAACCUCUUAAGAAAUGUGUAGCUUGCCACUGCCAUGUCAUCUUUUCUGUCCAUUAAGCAACUUUACUGUACAACUGUCAAAAUCUGCAUUUUGAGGAACGUCUUUAUUAUGAAUAUAGUGGCCUUUGUAUGAAGAUGGACGAAGUGAAGCGUUCCAAUAUCUCAAUAAAGAUGUGUUGUGUCAACAGAA